CGGCCGCCCCGGCGCUGCCUGAGGGAGCGGCUGCGGCAGGAAGGCGGUAGAGGGGCCUGGUCACCCAGCCGCAGCGAUGAGCUCGGCCAGGGAGUCCCAGGGCCACCACGGCCGCAAGCGAGCAGCCUCCCCUGAUGGCUCCAGGAGCUGGGAGGCGGCGGACCUUGGCAACGAGGAGCGGAAGCAGAAGUUCCUGCGGCUCAUGGGUGCUGGGAAGAAAGAACAUACUGGCCGCCUUGUUAUCGGAGACCACAGAUCAACCUCUCACUUCAGGACAGGGGAAGAAGACAAGAAAAUGAACGAAGAAUUGGAGUCUCAGUACCAACAAAGCAUGGACAGCACAAUGUCUGGACGAAACCGCCGCCAUUGUGGACUUGGUUUCAGUGAGUUUCAAGAAAGUGAAGAACAAGAAGAGGCAGUUGGACACUCCUCUGAAGAGAGUUCAGAGGACUCCGAAAGUGGCUCUGAGUCUGAACAAGAGGAGUCUGCAGAAGAGCUACAAGCUGCUGAAAAACAUGUUGAGGCUGAGGUUCCAGAAAGCAAAAAGGAAGCAAAAAGCAACUAUAAAAUGAUGUUUGUUAAAGCUAGUGGUUCAUAACUGCAGAUGUAACAGCUUUGUAUUCCAAGUACAGUAAGCCUUAUUGUUACAGUGCAAAGUGGAGGACUGCUACAGCACAAACCUUUGUAUUAUGAUUUUAAAAAGACCCCAUUAGAUGACAAAAGUAGUAUUUGCUUUCUGUUGCCAUGGAUAACAUUUUUACGGGCACAGUGAUAUUACUGGUUUUUGUAAAGCGUACAAAAUACUGGAUGGCGUAAUAAACUUUUUGUUCCUGCUCAAUCUCUACAAUAUUAA